AUGUGUGACCGGAACGGAGGCCGGAGGCUUCGGCAGUGGCUGAUUGAGCAAAUUGACAGCAACAUGUACCCAGGGCUGAUUUGGGAAAACGACGAGAAGAGCAUGUUCCGGAUCCCUUGGAAACACGCUGGCAAACAAGAUUAUAAUCAGGAAGUGGACGCCUCCAUUUUCAAGGCCUGGGCGGUUUUUAAAGGGAAAUUUAAGGAAGGGGACAAAGCUGAACCAGCCACAUGGAAGACAAGGCUACGCUGCGCUUUAAACAAGAGUCCAGAUUUUGAGGAAGUGACAGACCGGUCCCAGCUGGACAUUUCCGAGCCAUACAAAGUUUACCGCAUCGUCCCAGAGGAAGAGCAAAAAUGCAAAUUAGGCGUGUCGACUCCUGGCUGUGUGAAUGAAGUCACUGAGAUGGAAUGUGGUCACUCUGAAAUUGAUGAGCUGAUCAAGGAGCGUCCUGUGGAUGAGUACAUGGGGAUGGUCAAAAGGAGCCCUUCCCCGCCUGAGGCCUGCAGGAAUCAGCUCCUCCCAGACUGGUGGAUGCAGCAGCCCAGCGCAGCAGGCUUGCCGCUGGUGCCGGGUUACGCCGCCUAUGAUGCACAGCAUUCAGUCUUCUCCCAGAUGGUCAUCAGCUUCUACUACGGGGGCAAGCUGGUGGGCCAGACCACCACCACCUGCCCCGAGGGCUGCUGCCUGUCCCUGAGCCAGCCGGGCCUGCCCAGCACCAAGCUGUAUGGGCCGGAGGGCCUGGAGCUGGUGCGCUUCCCGCCUGCGGACACCAUCCCCAGCGAGCGGCAGAGGCAGGUGACGCGGAAGCUGUUCGGGCACCUGGAGCGAGGCGUGGUGCUGCACAGUAACCGGCAGGGCGUGCUGGUCAAGCGGCUGUGCCAGGGCCGCGUGUUCUACAGCGGCAACGCCGUGCAGUGCAAGGACAGGCCCAACAAGCUGGAGCGCGACGAGGUGGUCAAGGUCUUCGACACCAGUCAGUUCUUCCGAGAGCUGCAGCACUUCUACAACAACCAGAGCCGGCUCCCCGACAGCAGGGUGGUGCUGUGCUUCGGAGAGGAGUUUCCAGAUAUGACCCCAUUGCGCUCCAAGCUCAUCCUCGUGCAGAUUGAGCAACUCUAUGUCCGGCAGCUGGUGGAAGAAGCUAUGAAGACCUGUGGUGCUGGGUCCAUGAUGCAGGCUCCCGAGGAGCCCCAGCCAGACCAGGUCUUCCGGAUGUUUCCAGAUAUUUGUGCCUCCCACCAGAGACCCUUUUUCAGAGAAAACCAACAGAUCACAGUUUAAGUCUCUCUCUUGGGCACCCCACCCCGCCCACAUCUCAUAGUUCAUUAUUACAAUUACUGUUGUAAUUAUUUAAGGAUAUAGAUCCCUCUGACCUGGGGUGGGAUGCCUCCCUCUGCUCUUAAUUUAGUAAGGGCAUUCUCUGAGGGCUCCACGUUCAAAGCGAAGUUGUGUCCAAAUUCUCUCGUUCAGAUGUAAACAUUGAAGCCCACACCAAGUGGUCUGCAUGGUGUAACUAGAACCUCUGAUUAAAACGUUUGUUUCCUGUAUUGUCCCCUAAUUAUCAUUAGUUGCUGUGAUCCUUCAGCAUUUUGGGAUCAUUGAUAUUUCCCCAGGCUUUCGUUCACUUUGACUAGCACAUAGUUGCUUGCAGUAAAGAAAUCUGGGGAUCAACUUGUGAAGACAAGUCUGCUUUUCGUCUUUAUCUUUUGUUAGAGCUAUAGAUUUAUGAUUUCAUGUGCUUGAUUCGAUGUGAGGUGCUUUUGUACUUUUAAGCAUAUUGGUAAGAUUUAAAAAUACAUUAACAAGUACUUUAAUAAGUAUUAUUAAGCUUCCCUUUAAUAAGUGAAAGCAAGCGCUCUUGGCGAGUUUGGAGAACGUACAUUCUUCCCAGAAUCCGGUGCUAGGAAAGCGUUUCCGUCACCGUGCAGCCUGGUGUGUUCUGAUUUGCAGGCCGUGGGAGGUUUCCCUUCGGCACGUUGUUGCAGGAAGCUUAGAGCUAAAGGUAUUUUUUCAUUUCUGCAAUGAAGUCAUCCCAGAUAACCUCUCCGGCUGCUUCUUUCUAAAUGGGUUUGACCUGUUUUUAAAAUAUUUGUAAUUUUAAUUGUCCAAUUAUAAACUGCUUUGCAGCUUUUCGUUCCCCCCCUUCUUUCCAUAAAGUGGGCAGGACAGAAAGCACGCGUUCAAAAUAAAGGGCGUCCCCCCGCCAAAUGUCUGCACACUUUAACAGCUGACAGCUCAAUUGCUGUUUCUUUCUUUUCAUAUUUAACCCAUUGGAAUUAAUAAUUAUUCAAAGUGUGUCUACAUUUUUGGGGGACACCCUGUAUAAUUGUGGAUUUUAUGAGCCUUUUGCUUGUACCUCGAUUCAGUCACUCCACUCACCAGCCGGUGGUGUUGAGUGUGAAGCCAUGGCUAGAGUGGAUUGGGGAUGUGGACGACACAUGUUACCUGUCACCACUACACUGGUCUUGGGGUGAGCUGUGGCUGGGGGAAUGCCUUCUCCCAUCGCUACCACUCCUCCACGCCCCCACUGCACACCAAAUUCUUCAGAAGAGCCAUCUAGUGGGAUUUCCAUGGAGAAGUCCCAGUUUAAUGCUGAUGCUAAUCAAAAGCCAGGGACAGAAGGCUGAAACCAAUGGCCUGGCUUAACAGAGAGGGCAGUUCAGGCUACCUCAGACCCUCCAGUGAGCAGUAAACCACAUCCACAACCUGCUAAACUGCUUUCAGGAUCAAAGAGCACUUGAACAUUUUUUUUUUUCUAAAUAAGUGUUGUAUUUUGCCAGGUUGGGGUGCCUCUUGUCUGUGUGGCCCCUGUGUGCUGCACCGGACCUGGCAGAGAUUGGCACCCAUGCAUGUGGGGAGCGCCUGCCCCACUUCUUGGUGGUGCAAUUUGCUGGUCUGGCAGAGUCAGUCCCACCGUGGAUGCACCAGGCGGGUUUGGGGGUUGGGAGGGCGCGGUUGCUUUGCUUCCACUUUCUUGGGGGUGGGGAGAAGCAUCUUUUCUGUAUUCUUUUCCCUUUGUCACACUGCCUGGGUCAUCACCACCCCUGACUCAGAAUCUUACCAUGAAAGGACAUGUCACCCCAUCGAUGUGAAACACUCACAUCGAAUGUGAAGAAAUGGGAAGAGUUGGAAUUUGAGGGACAAAUUGCCCCCGCUCAGCCAAUCUGGUGGCCUUGAAUAACAAAAGUCCCCGAUUUAAAAUCUGAAAGGCCAAAGAAUGCCUGUUUAUUUCCCCCCAUUAUUGCUGCGAGGGUGAUGCAGGUGUAGCACUAGCCAGCUUAACAAUUACAGGGCCUUCGGAUGUGCCGGAAUUCACGCGGGCACAUAGGAAAACUUCAGUAAAAGUGGCUCUUCGCCUUUGGCCAACCAAGUGAGCAUUACAGUUUUAAGGAUAACAGCUCUUUUCUGAAAUUUGGUGAGAUACUGGUGGAUAGGCUUUAGUUUGUAGCUCAACUGAAUGUCAAAAUAUACAUCUUUAAUAUGCAGGAUGAAUAUUUAUUUUUGUAUGCAUUUAAAAAUAUGUUGAUCUCCUUUAUUCUUUAUUAAAAUAAAGUGCUCUUUUUUAAA